AUGGACCCCCACGAGAUGGUCGUCAAGAACCCGUACGCCCACAUCAGCAUCCCCCGGGCUCACCUGCGGCCCGAGCUGGAGCGGCAGCUGGAGGCGGCGCCCCCCGCUGCGGAGCUGCAGGCCCUGCCCGUGGGCCCCUGCCCCCUGGAGCCCACCCGCCUCCUGCAACCCGUCGAGGUGGCCCUGGGCCCCAAGGGCGCCAAGGGCGCGAAGGGGGCCGCCUUUGUCAAGGGCCAGCAGACCUGGCAGCACCCGGGCGCCCCCUGUGGCAGGGGGCAGCGCCCCGCGGGACUGACCUACGCGGGCCUGCCGCCCGUCGGGCGCGGCGACGACAUCGCCCACCACUGCUGCUGCUGCCCCUGCUGCCCCUGCUGCCACUGUCCCCGGUUCUGCCGCUGCCACAGCUGCUGCUGCGUCGUCUCCUAG